AUGAUGGAAAUGGCGCUAUUACAAAAGGUUCAAGAGCAAGAAUUGAUGCCUCCACCAGCAUCAUUAACUAUUCCUGCUUCUGGGUGUUCGCAAGGUGUUGCAUCUUUCGCACAAGAACGAAUAUGGUUCGACGAAAAGUUCCAUCACAACUCACCGAUGUCACCUGCCAUGCAUAAUUCUGUUCUUCCUUUGGUGAUUAAGCAUGGCUCAGUGUCAAUCGAACGCAUUCGUUCGGCCGUUGUUGCUGUUCUUGAACAGCAUGAAAUACUUCGAACUGCAAUUUACUUCGAUGAAAAUCGUAAUAUGUUGGUCCAAGCAGUGCAAUCUGUGGACAACAAUAAUGCUUAUUCCUUUGAAAUAACAGCAAACGACAUACAAAGUCCCGAUGAAGUUGCUGAUCUACUUAGGAAUGAAUCGGUCAAGCAUUUUGCUGAAUUAGAACAGGGUUUAGUUGUUCGUUGUCAUCUAGUUAAGAUGGAAUCUAACGAUGACAUGGACAAAUUAUAUCCUCAAGAUUUGAUUAUUUUCAUAUUUCAUGGUGUAGCAUUUGAUUAUAAUUCUAUUAGUCCGUUCCUCAUUGCAUUUACAAAAGCAUACGAUCAAAUGGAACUGGAUGUUGAAAAGUUACAAUAUAUCAGUUUUAGUCUAUAUGAGCAUCAACAAUUCGUUAAUAUCGCCGAAGACUCUCAAAUACGAAGAGCUCAGCAGUUUUGGUCAAAAAUGAUGGAUGAUUACAGUCUUGAUGCAAACUAUCCGACACCAUUUACACGCCCAUUCGACACAAAAAAGCGUUCUGGAGAAGGGCAUAGCAUAUCAUUUAUACUGGAUUCGAUACUUGUCGAAGGUCAGAUGGAAUUUGCAUCGUUGCAUAAUUUAUCUAUGUUUCAUACAGCAUUAGCGUGCUUCUUUCUCUUCAUUUAUGAACUCAAUGAUGGUACGAUUAGUGACUUGUGUGCGACCUGUCCUACAGAAAAUCGAUCAUUCAUGGAUACAAAAUGCAUGAUUGGUUCGUUUGCAAAUUUAUUACCAUAUCGUAUCAAAAUUAAUGCAAAUGAAAGUUUUAUUAACUUGGUGCAGCAAAUUCAUCAGCUGGACAUGGAUAUUCUUAAUCAGCGUCAACUACCGUAUCAACAGAUCAUCAAGGGUAACAGGGAGUUAUGUUCAAGCAAGAUUCCAUUUCAUUUUCAAUAUGAAGAAAGUCACUCUUCUCCAACUAGUGAAAUGAAAUCGAUAGCCAAGACAAAUGAUGCGAUAUUAAAUUUAUAUACAGAACAACCUUGGCUACAUGACAAUGGUAUUGCUUCUCAUGAUAUAAAUUUAAAAAUGAUUCAUAAUCAGUCCAGCCAAACGACUUAUUGUAUGUUUGAAUGUAGCGCUGAUUGUUAUGAUGAAGUGACGGUGUCCACCAUUGGUCGAUAUUUUCAGAAUCUACUUUUACAUAUGUUCAUUGAAAAUACGAAAACCAUUAGAUUCGACCCAAUUUUGGACAAAAUUGGAAAUCUUUCUCUUUUACCAAUGAACGUUGAAACUUUAUCAAACGCCAUUGAAUCACUACGACAUUUCUCUGAAAUAAAUGCUGUCAUUGAACAACACAUGCCUAUGAUUGGUGCAAGCAUGUUCUGGCAUGGUGCUCUGCAUGAUUGCAAAUUAGACCAAUCUCUCUCAUUGCCAUAUGAUCGAUAUCGACUUACGACUGAAUAUCGAUCUGGUUUUGGAACAUCUAUUUCAUUCGAUUUAGACCGAGAUCUUUGUGACACUUUCCUCCACUACACAUCUUCACAAAACAUCUCGCUUGAACACCUGGCGUUGUCUAUGUAUUUUGUCUUUCUGUUUAAACUGACGAAUGGAGAAACAGAUCUAUGCAUUGGAAUGAACGAAGAUGGUCGAUAUAGAGAUGAACUUAGAUCAGUGAUUGGUAUGUUUGUCAAUGCUAUUCCUUUACGAUGUCAGCUAGAUCCACAAUGGUUUCUGCAUAAACUUGUUAAAAAUGUUCAAGAGAUAACAACAAAUACUAUGAAAUAUUCAUAUUUUCCACUUCAACGUAUUCUCAAUCAACAUCCACAUACUUCGAAACCUGCGUUUCUUGAUCGAUCAUUCGAGUUCGUGCAAUAUUCACCACAAGAUCUCCACAAAGACGUGAUUAUAUGUGAUAGUCAUCUCACUGGGAUGCCUAUUUCGAUCAAGAUUAGUGAAGAUGAUACCAUGAGCAAAUUUGACUUCAUUCUUAGUAUUCAGCAUGAUUUCGAUAUGAAUCAACUUUCUUGUACAAUCAAUGCAUCACUUGAUUUGUUUAACAGAGAGACAGUGAAGCAGAUUUCACAACGAUUUCAUUUCACUUUAAAUCGAUUAUCUACAUCUAUUAUUGAUAAUCAAAUAAACAAACCUAUCUAUGAACUAUCAUUAAUAUUAUCAGAUGAACAGUAUCUAAUGCAAUCAUUGAAUAAUACGCAAGUAUCAUUUUCAUCUGCUUCCACUUGUAUUCAUCAUGAAUUUGUAUACCAAGUAAUGAAACAUCCACAAAAACUAGCUGUUGAAUUGGAUGAACAAUCGUUGUCAUAUUGGGAACUUCUAUAUUAUGUUCAAGUCUUAUCUUCAAUUCUUCUAAAUGAAUAUCAUGUGCUUCCAGGUGAAGUUGUGUGUCAAUGUAUGGAACGAAGUUUAUCAAUGAUUAUUGGUAUAUUAUCAAUUGAAAUAGUUGGUGGUGUUUAUUGUCCAUUAUCAGCAGAAAAUCCCGAACAACGUCUUCAAAAUCUUGUAGAACAAACACAAGCUCGUCUUAUACUUGUUCAUUCAUUAACAAAUCGAAUAUUUAAAAAUAAUUUUAUUACAUAUGAUAUUGAUACAGCUAUAAACAUUAAUGAUAAAAUUACAAAUGAUGAUCUUUAUCAAUUAUCAAAUAUUUUAAUGACUCCCGAUAAUAUAUCAUAUAUUGUUUUUACAAGUGGCUCGACAGGAAUACCAAAAGCGGUUCGAAUACGACAUCGUAAUUUAAUUGCUUAUAUGAAAAGUUUUGCUGAAAUGACAACAUUGAAAAGAAGUGACAAUGUAAUACAAAUGGCAAGUUGUUCUUUUGAUAAUCAUUUUCAAGAAACUUUAGGAACAUUAAUGAUUGGUGCUGGUUUAGUUAUGUUACAUCCUCAUGGUAAUAAAGAUUUAACUUAUCUUAUUCAUGAAUUAAUGGACAAAGAUGUUACUUUUAUGGAUGCUGUACCAAGCUAUCUUGAUACAUUAUGUCAACAUCUUGAAAUGCAAAAUGAAUAUUUGAAGAAAUUGCGAAUAUUGUGUAGUGGAGGUGAUGUUUUAACAAAUCAAAUAAUGUCUCGUUUGAAAAAAUAUGUAUUCAUACCAUCAUCAUCGUCGGAUGGCUGUCAACUAUGGAAUAUGUACGGACAAGCUGAAGUAACAAUUACUACAACAUAUUUUCAAAUAGGAUUCGAUUUUGAUUGUGACAAAGAAGUAAUGUCAAUUGGACAACCACUCCCUAAUUACCACUGUGCAAUUAUGGAUGAAUAUUUUCAACUUAGUGCUGUUAACCAAGAAGGUGAACUGUGUGUAGGAGGAGCAGGUGUAUUUGCUGGUUAUCUUGGACGUAAUGAUUUAACUGCAAAAGCUCUCGUUGAAAUAGAUGGUGAAAUAUUCUAUCGAACAGGUGAUCUUGUUAGAAUGAAAAAUAAUGGUCUUCUGCAUUAUGAAGGAAGAAAAGAUCAUCAAGUAAAAUUACGAGGACAACGAAUUGAACUUGGUGAAAUCGAACGAUGUUUACUUGACAUGACAUCAAUAUCUGCUUGUAUUGUCAUGAAAUGGGAUGAUGAUUAUCUAGUUGCUUAUAUUCAAUCAUCUCAUGUGAAUGAAGAACAACUACGUCAAUACUGUCAGUCCUAUCUUCCAUCACAUAUGAUUCCAUCUUUCUUUAUUAUUCUUGAUAAGUUCUCUUUAAAUGCUAAUGGAAAGGUAGAUCGAAAAUCUUUACCAAUACCAAAAUUUUUGUCUCAUUCACCUGACACGACUCAUCACCAACAUAUAGAGCCAAGCAAUGAACUUGAAAUCUAUAUUCAUUCAUUGUGGUGUCAGAUUCUCCGUCAAACCAAAAUUUCUAUCGAUACAAAUUUCUAUAGUAUCGGUGGUCACUCUAUCUUACUCGUUCAAUUAUACCAUAAUUACAAGAUGACAGUGAACAGUGAUACGACUAAGAUCAAUAUUUUUGAACUGUCCCAAUAUCUCACCAUUGCUGAUCAUGCUCGUCUCAUUUAUCAAUCAAUAGAUGAUCCAGAAACAUAUCAAAAACUUUUGUCUGCUGUACAUACUAUGCAAGAAACAUCUAUUCGAAAACGUACUUGUUCCAUCUCCCAUGAGAACAUCAUCCUUGUCGCAGAUGAGUUGUCACGAUACGAACCAUUUCCCGUUACAGACAUUCAACUAGCAUAUCUAGUUGGACGUGAAGGUGCCAUUGAACUUGGUCAUGUUUCUGUUUUUGACUAUAAUGAAUAUGAUUUCUCAUCAAUGUUCGACAUCGAAUGCUUAGAACGAGCAUUGAAUUAUUUAAUCCAACGACAUGAAGCAUUGCGUCUUAUCUUUCCGUCUCAUACUGAACAGAAAAUUCUCAAAACAGUUCCUUAUUAUACUAUAUCUAUUUUUAACUUAGAUGAUGUCCAAUCUUCUCAGAAAUAUCUGCUAGAACGACGAGAACAGCUAUCACAUCAGGUUCGACCAGCUGAUCAAUGGCCGUUAUUUGAUUUUCAAAUAACUCGCUUUAUUAUUGAUGACGGUUAUAAGAUACGUUUGCAUUGUGGUUUUGAUUUGCUCAUUUUGGAUUUUUGGAGCAUGAAUUUAGUUUUACAUGAAUUAAAUCAAUUGUAUUAUAACUCGAAUGAUGUCUUGGUAGAACUAAAACUAUCUUAUCGAGAUUACAUUCUGGCACAACGACAAUGGAAGAAUACGACUAUUUAUAGCAGUGAUAGACAGUACUGGAUCAAUCGUUUAAAAUCGUUUCCAUUAGGUCCAAAUUUACCAUUACAGUGUUUGCCAAACGAAAUACAUGUACAACGUCAUUGCAAUGUAGCAACUAUAUUAGAUCUACCAUUGUGUCAAAAAUUAAGAAAACGUAUUACCGAUUAUGGGCUGACACCAGCCGGUUUCUUGACAUCAAUUUACGCUUUAGUAUUGGGUAAAUGGAGUGAAAAUAAACAUUUUGCUUUGAACCUACCAGUUUUCAAUCGAUUAUCUAUUCAUCCGCAAGUCAAUCAAAUAGCAGGAGAUUUUACAACAGUUAUACCAUUGGAAAUUAAUUUGGAUAAGAUAAUCACUUAUUAUGAAUUUAUUGACACUGUGCAGAAACAAUUAUGGAACGAUCUUGAACAUAUGUCUUAUGAUGGUGUGUCAUUUAUUCGUGACUUAAUGCAGGUACAUCAGACAAGAGAUAUUCUUUUACCGUAUGUUUUCACAUGCGGAGUAGAUGUUGAAGGUAUUCGUGAGCAAAAUGUUGAACAUAAUAUAUUUUUUGAUCAAGUGCCGGUUUAUGCAAUUAGUCAAACACCACAAAUUUUUAUUGAUCAUAUAGUAGAGGAAAUUAAUGAUUGUUUAUCAAUAAAUUGGACAUAUGUAGACAACUUAUUUCGAAAGGAAAUGAUCAAUCAUAUACAUGAUACAUAUGUUGAUUUACUUGUCAAAUUAGCUUCGUUUGAUGAUACAUGGCAACAGUCCAUAUUUAUCUCUUUACCCUCAGAACAACAAAAACGACGAUUAGAUUUCAAUCAAACACAAUGGGAAUCAAACAUUAAAGAUAAACUACUUCAUUCACUUGUCAUUAAACAAGCUGAAUUAACACCUAAUGCAUUAGCUAUUCUCUCUUCUCAAGUGAAUUUAACAUACAGACAACUAAUGGAUCGGGUGUAUUCAUUGGCAUAUAAUCUACAACAACAACAUGAAAUAAACUCCAAUCAACUCACCGCUAUUCUUAUGAAGAAAGGUUGGGAACAGAUUGUUGCUUGUUUAGCUAGUUUAGUUUCAGGUAGUGCUUACUUACCUUUGGAUAUUGAUUCACCCUAUGAUCGUCUUUGUUCAUUAAUUGAAGAAACUAAUGUUCAGAUUAUUCUCACACAAUCUCAUUGUCAACAUAGAUUUCCACAUCUCACAACUAUUUCAGUUGAUAUAUGCACAACUGAUGAUAAUUAUCCAACACCAUUUCCUAUCAAACAACAAUUAGCAACAGAUUUAGCUUAUGUUAUUUAUACAUCUGGUUCAACUGGAAAACCAAAAGGUGUUAUGAUUAGUCAUCAAGCUGUAGUAAAUACUAUUCUUGAUAUGAAUUCAAGAUUAGAAAUCUCAACUAAUGAUAGAAUAUUUGCAUUAUCACAUCUCAAUUUUGAUUUAUCAGUUUAUGAUAUAUUUGGAAUAUUGAUUGGUGGUGGAACUAUAGUAAUUCCAGAUCAUGAAGAUUAUAAAAAUCCUGAACACUGGUAUGAUAUGAUAAUUAAACAUCAUGUCACUAUUUGGAAUAGUGUUCCAAUGUUAAUGCAAAUGUUUGUUGAACACCUCAAAUAUACAAAUAAUCAUAAUCAAUUACGACACAUCUUAUUGAGUGGGGAUUGGAUACCAUUAUCUUUACCCGAUUCAAUACAAACAACAUUGGGUGAACAAGUAACAAUAACUAGUUUAGGUGGUGCAACAGAAGCAUCGAUUUGGUCAAUUGCCUAUACUCUACCAAAAGAAAUACCACGAGAAUGGAAAUCAAUUCCUUAUGGAAUGCCAUUAAGAAAUCAACAAUAUUAUGUUUAUGAUAUACAUCUUGAUGAUUGUCCUGAAUGGGUCAUUGGCGAAUUAUACAUUGGUGGUGAAGGUUUAGCUAAUGGUUACUGGAAUGAUCAAGAAAAAACACAAUCAAGUUUUAUUAUUCAUCCAUUAACUAAUGAACGUCUCUACCGAACAGGUGAUUAUGGUCGAUUUCUGCCAAAUGGAUAUAUUGAAUUUACGGGACGAAAAGAUUUUCAAGUCAAAGUACAUGGUCAUCGUAUUGAACUUGGUGAAAUUGAACAUCAUUUACAACAACAUCCAGAUAUUCAACAAGCUAUUGUUAAUAUUGAUGACAAAUCGAAACGCUUAAUUGGAUAUAUUAUGCCAGAAAAAUAUCUUAUUCUUAUUAGCGGAUUUGAUUCAACAGAGAUGAUAAUCACUGACCCUGGUGAAUAUAUCAAUUUUAAGCUUGCAAGACUCAGUAUAGGACAUCAAAAAAAGGUAGAAAAGAGCUUUACUCUAACAAAACCGAAGCUUACAGAAACAUUAAUCAAUGCAUAUUAUAUGAGAAAAAGUUAUCGACAAUUUACAAAUGAAACUAUAGAAAGAUCUACCAUUGAAAAGCUGUUAAAAGGUUGUCAUAAUAUCAACACAAACAAACAAAUAUCUUUACCUCGUCUCGAUUUUGAUACUCUUUGUCAAUUAUUAUCGGUAUUAACACCCAUCAGUAUUUCUGAAGAACCUUUACCAAAAUAUCGUUAUGGAUCAGCUGGAACUCUUUAUCCAGUACAGGUAUAUGUUGAGUUACCAAGAUCUAUAGAUAAUAUCUUGCCUGGUAUCUAUUAUCAUAAUCCAGAUGAACAUACUCUAGAGCUAAUUAGUACUCAGAUUAAUAAUGAAAUUAUGAACAUACGUUUACAUCUUGUUGGGCGAUCAUCAGCAAUUGCACCACUGUACGGAAUAGUAUUGGGUUCUCUAUUUUGUAUGCUAGAAACAGGAUAUGUUAUGGGAUUAUUAGAAAAAGAAGGGUUAAUAUUGGGAUUGUCAUUUUCGAAAAAUUCUCAUAGCGACUCUAUAACUCGUGAUAUUUUGAAUAUAGAUGAGAAUGACACACAUUGUUGUUUCAAAAUUUCAUCAUAUGAGCAGAAUAAUGCCAAUAAUGUAGAAAAUGAAAAUUAUCAAUGUGUUAUUUAUCUAAAAUCGGUCAACAAUAACAAAGAUCAAUGGUUUACUUAUAAUAAAGAAAAUGAUACUGUUACAUCUCUUGAUGUCGAAGAUGAAACUACACGAGAAGAAAUACCAUUAUUUUUUGAAGAUCACGAUGGUGCAAGAAUCAUAUUCCAUGAUUGCCAAUGUGCAAUCUUCUUCAUUGGACGAUCAGAAUGCGUAAUGAAUAUAGGAAAGAUAUCCCAAUUCUUAAUGGAUCAUUGUAUAGAAAUGAAUAUCGGUAUGUGUCCAAUUGGUACUCGUGAGAAUUUUCCAAAAAAAAUUAAUAAUAUAUUAGAUACUAUUCUUAUUCAUGAGAAACUAAAUGGAAAUGAUAUAUUACAUACAUUAUUUAUUGGAAAGAUUAGCAAUAAACAAAAAAAUGAACGCACCAUUUCAAAAGUAAAAUCAAUGCCAAGCUGGAGUGAAACAUUAAGAAUAUGUCUAAAGAAAAAGCUUCCAAUAUAUAUGGUUCCAUCACAUUUUAUUAGUGUUUCAUCGUUUCCGUUAAGUCCAAAUGGUAAAAUUGAUCGAAAAGCUUUACCAGAAAUAUCACUAUCAGUGCUUCAACAAGAAGAUACCUAUGAUGCACCAAAUACUGAAUUAGAAAAGACGAUUGCGAACAUUUGGCAAGAAAUAUUAUACACAAAUCGACUUACUAUACAUCAUGAUGAUCCAGCUAUAAAUGUCUCUGGUAUAGACAGACAAACAUCUUUUCUUAUAUCUACUACAGCUAGUUUCUUCAGCGUUGGCGGCAAUUCUCUUUUACUUAUUGAGAUUUAUCAGCAUUAUCAAUCAAAAUUUAAUUUUGAAAGAGAAGCGUUGAGUAUUCGAUUCUUGUUUGACUAUAACACCAUAGUAGAACAUGCAAAACUAAUUGAAACAGUCAUCAUUGCUGGUGCACAACUGAAACAAUGGCAUACACUGCAUAUCAAUGAAGGUAUCGUAUCGUAUGCUCAAGAACGCAUAUUUCUUGAUGAACAAGUUCGUUUUUCUAACCAAAUUGCCAUUUACAAUGAGCUGAUGAUUUUAAGAGUUACGAAAGGCUUAUUAUCAGUGAAUCAUUUAUUGCAAGCUCUUCGCUAUGUCCUAAGCAAACAUAAGAUAUUAAGAACUUCUGUAGUUUUCAAUGAUGAGGACAGUAUUUUAAAACAAUGUAUCACUGAUAAACAUCUGACAUUUACAUUGGCUGCCGAUCAAACAUUCAAAAAUGAAACUGAUCUUCACAACAUUAUUUCACAAAUAAAUACUAGUCCUAAUUUGUUCGACUUAUCAAGUGGUCGUGUUUUUUAUUGUCAAAUUCUCAGACAACAUAUGACAUCUGAUAAAAAUCAUGAUAAAGAAAUUAUUAAAAACUCUGAUGUUCUCGUUAUUGGCUUUCAUCAUGUUUCAAUUGAUGGAUCAGCUGUCUCAAUUUUUUUGAAUGAUCUAAGUAAUAUUUACAAUAAUCACAUGACGUGGUUAGAUGAUGAAAAAUCAUUACAAUAUAUUGAUUAUGCUGUCCAUGAACGUCUCAUUGAUAUGACGUUGUCAUGUGAAUUUUGGCGCUUACAAUUCGAAGGAUGUAACCUGAAACGUCGAUUGUCAUUACCGAUCGAUCAUCAGCGUUUAUCUAAUGAUCAACGAUCUGGUUUCGCUUCUACCGUGCAAAUCACUUUCGACAGGAAAAUAUCGUCAUCAUUUCUUAACUAUGCUUCUUUACAGCAUUUGACACUAUUUCAGCUUGGGUUGGCUACAUUCUACACAUUUUUAUUCAAGUUAACAUAUCGUCAAACUGAGUUAUGGAUUUCAUGCGUUAAUGCUAAUCGAUACAGACCUGAAUUACAGACUAUGAUAGGAAUGUUUGUUUCAACAUUACCAUAUUGUAUGCAACUUGAUCCUUGUUGGUCAUUUGAUGAAGUUACUAAACAUGUACGAGAAAAAUGUUUAUCAAUUCUUGAACAUUCUCAUUAUCCACUUCAACAUAUUCUUCGUGAUUUUCAUCUUGAUCAAUCAACUGCUCCUUUUCUUCAAACAGUUUUUGAUUUCAUUAUUGAAUCUUCAGUUAAUGAUCAAUUCACUUUCGAUGAUGUUAGCUUACAACCUGUAUCAUUAGAACACCUUUCGGAAGUGGCUAAGUUUGAUUUUACAUUGAAAUUUAUUUACGAUCCAUUCUCGGAUGACAACAUAUUGUCAUGUCGUUUUAUUUGUUCACGUGAUCUAUUUGAAGAUAAGACAGUUACAGAAAUGAUACAAAGAUUUCAAUAUCUUUUAGAACAACUUUUUUUAAUGAAUUUCAACGUUAAUCAAACUGAUUUAGUAGUUUCACCUAUUGCCACACUUACUCUUGUCCUACCAGAUGAAGUGAAUGAAAUGCAACACGUAGCUUUUGACCGUCAAUCAAAUGUGACGAAUGAAGGUAUGUCUUUUUCCUGUUUACCAUACAUAUGGUACUUUUAUUGA